GUGGCAGCCCGGAGCGGGAGCCAAGAUGGCCGCGGCGGCGGUUGAGGCGGUGGCGGCGCCUCAGCUGAUGCUGGGCGUGGGGCUGAUCGAAAAAGAUACAAACGGAGACACUCUGUGGGUUUGGUGUUACCCCUCCACCACAGCUGAAUUAAGGGAUGUGUUAUUGAGAAAAUGCUGUCUCACCGACGAAAGUAAGCUACUCCGCACAUUUGUGUACGGCCAGUAUAGAAGAUCGUGGUUCUACGUCACGACCGCCGAAGUCCCGGACUCUUCCGUCUUAAAAAAGGUGACUCAUUUUUCUAUUGUUCUGACGGCCAAAGACUUUAACCCGGAGAAAUACGCAGCCUUCACGCGGAUACUGUGUAGGAUGUAUUUGAAACACGGAAGCCCGGUAAAAAUGAUGGAGAGCUACAUUGCGGUUUUAACCAAGGGGAUAUGUCAGAGUGAAGAAAACGGCUCUUUCCUUAGCAGAGAUUUUGAUGCCCGAAAAGCUUACCUUGCAGGCUCGAUUAAAGACGCCAUAUCUCAGUUCGGAAUGGAAGCGGUCAUUUUAUAUACCGCGGUGAUGCUGAAGAAAAGAAUCGUGGUGUACCACCCUAGAGUCGAGGCUGUCCAGGAGUUUACCAGGAUUCUGCCCGCUUUCGCGUGGCAUCGACAAGACUGGUCCGUCCUGCAUUCAUUCGUGCACCUUCACGAGGAGGAACUGGAAGGACUGAAGAUGUGCACAGGUUAUAUUGCUGGAUUUGUAGAUUCUGAGGUGAACAAUCGGCCAGAUCUGUACGAUGUAUAUGUGAAUCUAGCAGAUAGUGAGAUUACCAUCUCGCAGCCAGCAAAAGAGGCCAUGACGAUGGGCAAGCUGCACAAAGAAAUCGGACAGCUGAUCGUUCAGGCGGCGGAAGACCCGGAUAAGUCGGAUAGUCAAGUCAUCAAGGCUAUUUCACUAAAAACAAAAGAAAUCUUAGCUAACUUAGCAUCAUUUGCCGAAGUGUCUGGUGAUGGUGACAAGCGAAAGCUCAAUUUUGAGGCACUCAAACAAAAGCGGUUUCCACCGGCAACAGAAAACUUCCUUUACCAUCUAGCAGCUGCUGAACAAAUGCUGAAAAUCUAGCUCCGCUCUAGAGUCUUCUCUUGGUGACCGACAUGAAACUCUUCGCUCUCAUUACCCAUUAACUGUGUAAAAUAUUAAUAGUAGCAAAGGAAAUGUUAUAUUUUUAAUGACUUUAUUUCGCAAUAUGGAGAAUUGACCCGGAACCCCCCCGAUGCUCCCCUUCUAGUUUUCUCUUUUCUGAUUAUAAAAGUUUUCUACGUUCAGGAAAUAACUGUGGGGCAAAAACGCCGUGAAUAAAAAAUAAACAAGACUACCGUAAAUAACGUUCUAAAACAA